CAGUGUGUAAAAUGGUCACAGUGUUGAUGAGACGAGUGCAGACUGUCAGACGUGCACAGUGCACGCUUAAAGCUGCAGGAUUUGGAUUAAAUAGCCUGUGAGAGAGCCGAUGAGCCUCGAGCGAGUAAAGGAGGGAGGGAGCUAAGGGCUGAUUUUGAUCUUUUACCGGAUCGAGAGGAGAAGGGGAGGUGCGAGGCGCGGAGAAUGGGCUAUUUUGGACCGGGGCACUGAGCCUGCUCUCUGCACGGUGGUGGUGGUGUUGUAUUAAGGCAGCCUUCGACGCAAGCAAAUCGCCUCCUCCGGCCACGACGACGCUGAGAGCAUCGCACAGCUCUACACAGCUGCUGUCAAAAAGCUCUUCUUUCCCGCCAGGCUGCUUCACGCACAAGUGCUCCUCACCGGACAUGAAAGUGCAGCAAGGCUGCAACUCAUCAGACAUGGGCAUCCCUGUUACCACCGAGGAAGAACUGCGCAGAAACAGCGUCAUCACACCCGAGGAUGUGCUUGGCUUACAAAAGAUCACCAACAACUACCUUUGUUCUCCAGAGGAAAACGUCCACAUGAUCGACUUCACCAGAUUUAAAAUCCGUGAUAUGGAGACAGGGACAGUCCUGUUUGAGAUCACCAAGCCUCCAAUACCAGGGGGCAGAAAGCACUGUGACCCCAACGCCGGACGCUUUGUACGAUACCAGUUCACCCCAGCCUUCCUGCAGUUGCGGCAGGUCGGAGCCACUGUGGAGUUCACGGUGGGCGACACGCCCAUCAACAACUUCCGUAUGAUCGAGAGACACUAUUUCCGUGACCAGCUGCUCAAGAGCUUUGACUUUGAGUUUGGCUUCUGCAUGCCCAGCAGCAAGAACACAUGCGAGCAUAUCUACGAGUUCCCUGCGCUGUCAGAGGACAUCAUGCAUGAGAUGAUCCUACAUCCUUAUGAGACACAGUCUGACAGCUUCUACUUCGUGGACAACAAGUUGGUGAUGCACAACAAGGCAGACUAUUCCUACAGCGGGGGGCCGUAGAACCGCCAUUUACUCCCCCCCCCCCGUCCUGCGUUAGACAUUUCCCACACAACCACUACAACUUCAGGAUCACAAAUGGAAGAACCCCAAUGGACGGAUCACUGGCAUUAAUCAGUCUCUUGUGUAGAAAUGUACAUCAGUGUGUGUGCACGCAACACAUGCAGCGUCCAUACAGUACAUAUCAGUCAGCCUCAGUGGGCUCCACUCGUUCAUUAGAUGGGCAUUGUGUUUUAUAGCCAAUAAUAGUGUUAGAGGACACAUUACUAUUUGUCUUUACUGAGUCUAAUAUUUAUAUAGUUUGUACUACUGAUCGAUUCUAUUUCAGAACGCACACUUGUGAGUGACUCAACUCAGAAUGGCAGACAAACGUCAAAUCCGUCAGUGUGUGUGUGUGUGUGUGUGUGUCAUAUUUUUUUCUUUGUUUUCAGCUUAAUAGCACUGCUGUGACAAGAGUAUUUUUCAAAGGAGUAGCCAUUUUUAAGCAUCAGACAGCAUAUAUCAAUGUAUCAAUUUUGAUAUCCAAUACAUGCACUAUAGUACUGACCACUGCAAAUACAGUUGCACUCAGAAUUAUACAAUCCCCAUUGCAUACCACUUUUAUUCGCGAAGUUUGUAAGCUUGCAGGAGUUUGCAUUAAACAAAUAAAACAAAAGCUAUUUAAAUAGCUUAACUAAACUCACUAAUAUUAUAAAUCUAUUGCUUGUACAUUUCCAAUAAAUGUAACUGACAAUGGGGGCUUGAUUAAUUUCAAGUGUAACUGUAUACAUUUUAAUUGUGAUAAAUGUAAGUAAUUUACGUCAACAAAUUUUGAAAUUCCAUCAAUGCAAUAAAUAUCGGACUUUUUUCCGAAAAUCAGUGUUUUUUAAUUCUCUUUGUCUUGCAGAAACAUUUACUUUAGUAGUUGUGCCGUUAGUGGUGUUUUAAUUGCUGGUCAGAGAAGAAACUGGACUGGACCCAAUGUGACUCUGCUGCCAUCUUUUGUUCAAGUUAUUUUACUGCAUCACUACCUCUAAAUACCGCUUGGCGUUGCUCGCGUGUUUCUGUCUGCUACGAUGAAAGCAAACAGAUGACGAAAAAAAAGGCGGAGUUAUUAGUUGUAACUCAGUUCAGACACAUAAAUAAUUGUGAUAACUGAACAUAAAGUUCCAUCUCAAUUCAUGUAACUGUUUGAAGUACGUGAAAGAAGACGUGAAAUUGAGCCAAGAUGGUGGUCCAGUAGAUACAAGUGGUGAAAUGCUGUGCGUGUAUCAUCGAGGGAGGAAAAAACAUAUUAAUUUUACGACUAUAUUUUUCAGUAUGUUACAGGCUUACUUCAACUUGCUCUCACUUUCUAAGUCUCCAGCUUUUAACUGUUUUCUGUAAUUCCUCUUUUUUUGGCAGCUCACCUGUGUGGGAAGUUUCAUGUCUUCUCCAGUUCCUGCUUUUUGGUUGCACUUCCUGGUUUAUGUUUCCAGUGAUCGGCGGCUACCUAAAUUUGGAGCAUAAAUUGUAUGAGAAUCCGUCUUGGACCAACUAGAUGAAAAAUGUGGGCAUGUUUGUCAAAUAAAAAAAUGUCAAUACGACAGUGCAUUUGUUUGAAGGGGAAUAUAAUGUCUCUAUUAACAUACAAAUGAUUGUGCCAAAAAUAUAGUCAAUGAAUGUAUGCAUUCUAAAAGUCAAAAAACGUAAUUGUUUUACCAAACCAAUGUACCUUCCCAAUGAUUUAAGAAUUGUAAUUGUAAAUGCGGUGCUAUUAUUAGAUAUUGCUUUGAUUGUGCUAUUUUAUUAAUAUUGACCAGUAGUCUUUUAUAAGGCAUUAUUUUCACUUUUGGAUGAAAUGGACAAUGCCAAUUGCUGAAGAAAAGUAAACUGAAAAAAACGGUAACAUAAUUAAAUAAAAUGCAUGUUUAAAUAAAUAUAUAUUAAUAUUUAGGGUGAUAAGAUUUCUCAUUCAGAAAAAAAUGUCUCGAAGGCCUGGGACAAUAAUAGGUUAAUUAAUUUAUCACACAUUAAAUGAAAAUUAACUCAAUAUAUUGUCAUGUGCAUGCAUAUUGCAUGUGCAUAUUUUUCAUAUUUUUUCAUUGUUCUUUUCUAAAAAGUAAUGUUAAAAUCUCAUCUCGUUCUCGUGUAUCGUGUUGUCUCAUGACACCCCUAUUAAUAAUGAAUGGAAUUAAUUUUAGGGUUGUAUUGAUUUAUCACUAUAAUAAAUAUGAUGCUCAUUAAAUUAAAAUUAACUCUUUGGAAAAUUUACCCACUUAAAAAAAACUAAUGUACUGCAUUAAUUAAUUUGUGUUUCAGCAAUAUAAUAACAGUUUAAUUAUGUAAUAAAAGAAUCAGGACCAGAUGACCAUCAGUGGCUUAAAUUUAGACAAAGAAACUAUUUGUGUCUUCGCCCCUGAAUAUCCUGCUAUACGUAAGUUAUUAUUAUAAAUUAUAUAUUUAUAUACAUUUCCCCAAAAGAGCUUUUGAUGCGUUUGAGAUGUGGAUCUGUUCAUGAAAUGAACAAGUGUGAGAAUGAACACAAAACAAAGAAGCUCUUUUUUUGGUCAUUGUCUAUUAUCACUUGAUCACACUCAAGGUAACAUUGAUUUGAGGGCUUCAUGUACGCCUCAUUCAAAUCGCAGUCAUUUCUGAAGGGUCAGUAGAAGAAGUUGCUGGUUAGCAGUCGAGUCUUUAUGUUAAGGAUGUGGUGAGGCAAUUCAGCAGUAAAUUGUCCUCUUCAGAAUGUAAUCCAUUUGAACAGCCUGCUUGUGUCCUCGUACUCCACUUUACAAUGACCAAACACAGCCACCGGGGAGGUAGCAGCGCUAACAGUAGGGCAGUAUGGGGUCUACACAGCUCGGGUAGACACAGGGCGCCUGCAGGACAGACGGGAUAGUAGUACUUGUGGGAGUUGUUGGCGGCUGUGAUGCCAAGCUGUCUUCUUGCAACUCCUCCCAUAGGUUACCUUGAAAACAUAGAAGUGUAUUGUAAUAGACUCCUGUGAAAAAUACUCAAACUAAUACAGCAGAAGCUCUUAAGUGGAAUGCCCCAGAGUAGACAUUUCUUCCUGGUUUUCUUACCAUGCACACUGGCAUCUUUAACAUCUGUCUAAAUAAUGUACCUGUAAAAAGCCUAUGGAUAAAGUUGCACCAUUUGGGAUGAACAACAAUAAAUGUCCAAAAAAGCUGGACGUGAUAGGCAACUGAUGCUGUUCGACUCCACGAUAAAAGAUCCUUGUAAAAGUCUCUGCAGGUUUGGGGAACGUGUCAUAUACAGUAUGUACGGUAGAUACAGAAUAUUGCUUGCCACUGCCUACCUUGCAAUUGCAGGUCAGUCAGACUGGGGUUGAGCACGUCCACAUCAUAACUGGCAUCUCCCUCUAACAGCAAUUCAUGCAGGCUCCUUAGCCCUACACUGAAAUCGGCCUGUGGGUCGGCGCUGUAGGCUAGUGGAAGCUUCCCACUUGAAGUUGAGUGUGAUUGGUCAGCUGUGGGUUGUUGACCAUAGGGUUGAUGCAAAGAGAGGAGCUGUUGUGAAGGUGGAUAAGUCUGUGAAUACUGUGGACGUCGACUGGGUCUGCUUUGUGGUUGCUCCUGUGUUGAGGAAGAAGAUGUCGCAUUGGUGCCAUAAACUCCUAUAGCUCUGCUGUAAGAUGGCACUGAUCGCAACUUGUUAGGCCUCUCUCCAAGUAGACGAUCUAGGUCCUCUGCAGAAAAGACAUAAUGAUUGGAUUUGUGCUGUUUUCCUACCUGUCAAGAUGUUUCUAGAACUCACCUGGUCUUGCCAUGCUCCUGCGAACAGUGACGGGAUCUUUACGGCGCCACUUGUGGAGCUCCUCCUGCAUCUUUUCCACCUUGGUGGGAUUGAGAGCCCACAGACAACCUUUACGGGAGGAGCUGCCAUUUUUGCUCUCCACCUUUUCAAAACACUUGUUCAAGGAGAGGUUGUGUCGCACGGAGUUCUUCCAUCCAUCUGGGGCUGUCUGGAAAAAUGGAGAGAGGCAUAAUAAUCCAUUGAGCUACUUAGUUUCCUUGCAUAGUCCACAAACAUGCACGUUAGGUUAACUGAAGACUUUUUUUGUCCAUAGGUGUGAAUGUGUGGGAAUGGUUGUGAGCCCUGGGACUGACUAAUGACCAGUCCCGGGUGUGUCCCCACUCUUGACCAAAAGUCAGCUGAGAUCGGCUCCAGCUCAAUUGUUACAUGGCCGUCCCUGGCCAAAUUGGGGCCCUAAACAAAACUUUAUUUGGAGCCCCAGCCCCUAUUUAGGACCUAACUGACGUUAAAAGCUAUUUUUAUACUAUUUGACUUGAACAUGAAUUUAGAUGCAUGUUUUGUAGUAAUAUGAAUACAUAGGAAACAAAUUGUUCAAUAAAUUAUUUUUAGUGCAGUAGUCUCUUCCCCCCCCCAUCCAUUAGGCUAACUUGGCACACUAUACCUCACGGUAGCGAUGCGCUUCCUUUGUGUAUUUACCGAGAAUGCGCACCCUUACACAAAAUGAGGCCUCCCGUAAAUCGUGGGGCCCUACGCACAAUGCAUAUUCUGCGUUUGUGUGCGGGGUACAGGUACACUAUCAAUUAGCUUAUUAGGUUCAAAGCAUAGUCAGAGAUUUUAGAUCGGUGCAUGUCAUGUUUCAUCUCAUCUCAAAAGACAUUUAGAUUUAUGUUCCUCAUUAACUAAGCCACUUCAGAAAUUAUUAUGAAGCACAUGCACCAGUUUUAAUUUGAACUGUCCCUGCAGGAAAUAUGAAAACAUGUAAUCAGCUGCCAAGACUACUAUAUGUAUAUGUAUAUGUAGAUAUAUAUAUAUAUAUAUAUAUACAUAUACUCACUAUAUAUAUAUAUAGAGAGAGAGAGAGAGAGAGAGAGAGAGAGAUAGAGAGAGAGAGACUGUAUAUAUAUAUAUAUAUAUAUAGUAUGCAGUUGCAGGUGUCCUCUGGCCUAAAGUUAACUGAUAUUAUGCAUUUCAAUGUAUGUGCUAAAAGUCCCAACCAUAAAGAAUACACCUGACAGCAUGUUACUGAGCUUUCUCGUUUUCUGGGCCUGCAGCGUGUUUUUAAAGUUCCAGACAGCUGUUUGGCACGCCGCCAUCCAAGAUGUGCAGAUUGCAGCAAAUCUUUGAACUCCUUCCAAGGGUGAAACUGAAAUGGCACAACUGAGGUCUAAAUCGGCAGCGGCCUUUUUAAAAAGCUAUAAACUAUAACUAGCUGAAUUUCUAACUUCCAGCAAAUACUGCAUGUUGUUUUUAACGGAGCCCGCAGCAGCCCACUUUCCUAACACACAACCUUUAUUAAAGCGUCUCAAAACAAACUCUUUCGACCAUGAAAUGUCAUGGCCUCUCCAGUGAGUGACACAUUAUCAUUACAGCACAAAUAAUUAGUGUCAUAUGGAACACUGAGGCGGCAGAUGAUCUUUUAGAAAGCCCUGGCCAAACCCGUAUCCUGCAGAAAAACAUUAACUAAUGAAAUAUUGUAGAAAAAUAAGAACAAUAGAAUUGACGUGUUGGCUGAACUUGUAUAAAAUUGCUUUCUACACUACUUUACUCCAGUAUAUUUCAUUAUAAUCAUCCCACCAUUACUCAAAACCAACAUCUAGUCCUGGUUAACUUUUUGCAAGUCCCAGCAUUAAUUGCACAAUCUAAUGAUAUCCUAAACAAUACCUAAUUAGUUAUAAUUACCAAACCCUCACAAAAUACCUCACAGUCAGUCAUCAGUGAGCAAUAUUAACUCAUUAUUUUUGACAGAUUUUUGACAAAGUGACACUCAAUUGUGUCUGCAACAGGACAACUGACACAACAUGUCCAGUCCCAGUUAAGCAUAACCGAUUCCUGCUUGUACCGGUUAAAAUGUGUUGUACCUUAAAAUAGGGGAAGUUUUCAGUCAUGAAGCUGUAGAUCUGACUGACAGGCAGGCUUCCUGUUUUACUGUUCUUUAGGGCCAUGAAGAUGAGAAUGCUGCAGCACACAGAGAAAGGAAGACAUUUGUAUCCAAAUAUGCACACAACACUGUAUUUAUCUGUUGUUUCAUUUUAAUGCAAUAGCAAACGCUAUUAGCCAGUACGGCAGCCUGUGAGUCUCAUUAAUCCACUUCAUACAGUUCCAGUCAGACGUUAAAGGUUGAUAUUAUGCUAUUAUGAGCUGUUUAUCUUCCUCACUUGUCCCGCUUUUGAGAAUAGAGGUGCUCAAACGGUUGUAUUUGAAGUUCCAGGUUUUCACAACACUCCUCAUGGAAAUGGUACCAUCGCUAACCUGCCCCUCGGUACAGUAGAUGAGCCCUGUGUGUGCCCACCACUUCACAAAGAUAGCUUUGUAAAAAGGCAGGCUUUGCUACACAUCUUAAAAUAAAGCCUGGAGCUCUGCCAGUUAUCCAUCAGUGCCCAACACAUUUGGGAGCUUUAACUAGGCUAACGUAGCAUGAAAUUCGACAGUAUUGUUUGCAUUGCAUCUUACGGUGUUGUAUCAAAUUAUGCCAAAUCAUAUAGCAUCAAAAUUGUAGGUAACCGUGUCACUCUUGAGCUUUAUAUGUAUAGAGAAAGUGCAGUGUCACCUGUAUGAGUAAAUGGGCUUGGGAAAGAGGGUCUGUGAGGGGCUCCUCUGAUGAAUGUGAGAGGGGAGGCUGUGAAAAGAAUGGGUCGGCCUGUUUGAAUGCUCCUCAGUAGUGUACAACCUAGACGCCACCUGCAGAAAACAUACAAGGACAAUAUGAACCACUGAUAUCCAUCACUUUGUUGUGUGAGCUUGUUCCACUUGUUAGCUAACCUCUUGGAGAGGAUUUGCUGAACUGAAGGAUCGACGGCCCUGAGAACGGGAACAAGGACUCUCAGCAGGGGCAGCUUGUCGGUUUGGGUAGGAAUACUUUGGAAAUAUAAAGAAAAUGUCACUACUACUACAUUACUUUUGGAACUUGCAUCAAAUAUUUAUUUAGCAAGCAUCCAAGCACCUAAUAAAGCCACAAUGUGUGCAA